GGCCUGAACAGAGCAUGAAGCACAGGGCCUUCUGGAAGGGUGUUCUGUCGGUUAGGACACUUAGAAGGAUGGAAAGACUGGCUCUUGCCUUCUCUGGUGCCAUGUUCCCGAAUACCUGUCUGUUUUGCUAAUGGAGGACAGAACACUAAGGAGAGCCAGUUCUGAAAAGCUAUUAUGUUUUCAUUUGUCUUGUCAGAACUCUGCACUGGGAGACUCAUUUGCACGGUGAAGACGCUGUUGGGGGAAGAAAGGACAAACUACAGUGAUUCCGUUCAAUGCUGUCAGAAUAGAUGUAGAAAUGUCCCUGAAAUGUCUCUUAACCAGGGGCCACCGCAGCAAUGAUCGAUUCCAUGGGGUUCCAAAGCCACACGGGAUCCAAGGGAGGGUUUGAGAGGCGUAGACAGAGAUCUCCUGAGAUGGCACCAGAUGGAAACAGGCAACUAGGACAAGCCCCCGUGUGAUCAAGGGCCCAGUCUCCUGACCACAGCCGGCAUAUGGGGCCAUGGCCCGACUCCCGGGGAACCCGGAGGUCCCCGGUCCAGAGCUUGGCAGCACAGGCCGAGGAGGCAGAGGCGGUCGAGCGGCCCGGGCGCGACAUGUCAUUAUCAACGUCGGGGGCUGCCGAGUGCGGCUGGCCUGGGCCGCGCUGGCUCGCUGUCCCCUGGCUCGCCUCGAGCGCUUGCGAGCCUGCCGCGGCCACGACGAGCUGCUGCGCGUGUGUGACGACUACGACGUGAGCCGCGACGAGUUCUUCUUUGACCGCAGCCCGUGCGCUUUCCGCGCCAUCGUGGCGCUGCUGCGUGCCGGCAAGCUGCGACUGCUGCGGGGCCCCUGCGCCCUGGCCUUCCGCGACGAGCUAGCCUACUGGGGCAUCGACGAGGCGCGGCUGGAGCGCUGCUGUCUGCGUCGCCUGCGCCGCCGCGAGGAAGAGGCCGCCGAGGCGUGCUCAGGGCCACCCAGCCGCGGGCCGCAGGGGAGCCCAGUGCGUGCCCUGGGGACAGGGCGGCUGGAGCGGAGCCGACGGCGCCUGCGCGAUGUGGUGGAGAACCCGCACUCCGGGCUGGCAGGCAAGCUCUUCGCCUACAUCUCCGUGGCCUUCGUGGCCGUCACAGCCGUCGGCCUGUGCCUGAGCACCAUGCCUGACAUCCGAGCAGAAGAGGAACGGCCUCCCGUGUGCACAAACUGUAGAACCUUGUCAAGCCCACCUAACCGGAUCAGCAGCCUUCUCGGGGCGCAUAAUCUUGUCAUACUGCAAGUUUCUUUUGCCACAUGGGGUGACAUAUUCUCAGACUGUUCCUUGCUAGCCAAGCAAAAUUGUGGUGCAUACAAGGGCGAGUGCUCCACAAAGUGCCGCAACCUGUUCGUGCUGGAGACGGUGUGCGUGGCCUGGUUCUCCUUCGAGUUCCUGCUGCGCUCCCUGCAGGCCGAGAGCAAGUGCGCCUUCCUGCGGACUCCGCUUGCCAUCAUCGACAUCCUGGCCAUCCUGCCCUUCUAUGUGUCCCUGCUCGCGGGGCUGGCGUCGGGGCCCACGGGCAGCAAGAUGCUGGAGCGCGCGGGGCUGGUGCUGAGGCUGCUGCGGGCGCUGCGCGUGCUCUACGUGAUGCGCCUGGCGCGCCACUCGCUGGGACUGCGCUCGCUUGGCCUCACCGUGCGCCGCUGCGCGCGCGAGUUCGGACUGCUGCUGCUCUUCCUCUGCGUGGCCAUGGCGCUCUUCGCGCCACUCGUGCACCUGGCUGAGCGCGAGCUGGGCGCUCGCCGCGACUUCUCCAGCGUCCCCGCCAGCUACUGGUGGGCCGUCAUCUCCAUGACCACCGUGGGCUAUGGAGACAUGGUGCCGCGCAGCCUUCCGGGCCAGGUGGUGGCGCUGAGCAGCAUCCUCAGCGGCAUCCUACUCAUGGCCUUCCCUGUCACCUCCAUCUUCCACACCUUCUCCCGCUCCUACUCGGAGCUCAAGGAGCAGCAACAGCGCGCGGCCAGCCCUGAGCCGGUCCUGCGUGAGGACAGCACGCACGACGACAGCAUGCGUUCGGCCAGCGCCACGGAGGACAGCUCGCAGGACCCCGAGAGUGCAGGCGCAGCAGGGAGCUUGCCAGGUCUGGUGGGACCUUAAGCCCAGUGCUCGGCUGAGAGCUUCCAGGGGGUCAAAGUCUGGGAGAACACCAAAUACCCAAGUCACAAACUUGGUCUGGCAUGUCGUUGCGGUCGGCCUGGCACCCCAAGCAACCUUAGCUUCGCAUAGCCUGGAGGAUAUAGCAGCCUGGUCUUUCUCCCCCUUUUAGUUUCCCUCCAGUUUUAAAUUUUCUAUGGCUAAUUAAAAACAAUUGAGUCCCAGAAA